AUGGAAUCUCACCUACGAUUGGAAUUAAAUCAUGCGGAAUGCGAGAAAGUCUUAGAGGAUUUAGAUGAGCUGGCUAGAGUAACUAAUGGACAGAUGGUUAGUGUGUGGAAUCAAACACCUGAUGAUAAUGUGAAAGCCAUGAUAAUAAUGGCUUCUCAGGCGCAACAAAGUCAAGAUUGGCAAGUUCUACGUAAGAUAGUUCGAUCAAUGAUUAAGGCAUACUACCAUGAAAAAGCUGAAGAGAUUGAAGCUGAACUUGAAAUUGCUGAUGGCCAAAAAUGUCCUAUUUGUGAUCGCCGUGGACAUAUGUCCCAAACUUGCUGGUUUAGAGAAGAAGGGACAGUGCAAUUCCGACUGACUAGAGGUGAACAUGUCAAAGAGGGAAUGGAUGCUGAUCAGGAAGGGUCUGGAUCUGGCGAGGGUGAUCUGGAGGUGGAUAGGAGUGAUGGUGAAAGGUUGGAAAUGGAGAAGCAGGUAUGGGAAGAAAUUGAACAGAAGUACAAGGAUAUUACUAAGCAACUGGAAGAACUGACUGGACCGAUCAAGUUUAUUGAAGGCACAGAGUGUCGGAUUGAAACGCCGCCUGGGGAAGUAGUUCAUCUCAAACAGGGAAAGAUUCCGCGGAAGUAUAGGGCAAGGUUAAUGGCUAAGCUAGCAGUACUGGAUCGAGUGGGCAUAACGAAACGAAGUGGUUCAGUAUGGAACCAUCCUAUUAAGGUAGCGGAAGAGUCCGAAAGUAAGGAGAUUAAACUAGUCGGUCAGUUAAUGGCAUUGAACCAUCUAGCCCAACCGAGUCAUUCGGAAAUGCCCAAUAUAUACCGGAUCAUGGAAAAACACCACGGCUCUAAGUACUUUGCCGUGAUAAACUUACUAGAUGCCUUUUGGCAUGUCAAAGUAAGGGAUGAAGAUAUGCCCAAAACUGCAUUUACAGUAGGCGGGGUAACAAGACAGUGGCGAGGAAUGUUACUGGGGUACAGAAAUGCAUCAUUUAUCUUCCAAGAUAUAAUGGAAAGGGUCCUGAGUGGGUUAUUAUCUGCUGGUGUGGAAGUUCAUCAGAGCAGUAUAUUCAUUCAUACGAAAACCGAUGGGGAGCACAGUACACUCAUAAGAGAAGUCUUGGACCGGUUGGGAGAGCAGGGGUUAAGAGUAGAUAGGAAGAAGUCGUGGCUGUUCCGUAGGGAAACCAUAGUCCAGGGACAGGUCGUAGAUAGUGAGACUAGACGGCUUGUGCAGGAAAGGAAACUGGCCGUGCUCAGUCGAUCGAAGCCACAUACAGUAACCCAGAUGAGACAAGUCCUGGGCCGGCUGAACGGACUAAGGGACUACAUACCUAACUGUAGUGAGAGAACAAGUUGCUUGACAAAUGCUAUUAUUGGUAAGAAGAAGGACGAGAAAGUCGUCUGGACUGAAGAGAUGGAUAAUGAAUGGAAUGAGUUGGUGUAUCAGGUGGAAAAGAUAGAAACUCUUAAACUGCCCGAUCUCCAGGCAGAAUUCGUCUUAGAAAUAAGUGUAAGUCGUACGACAAUAGGAGCGGCGCUGCUACAGAAGGGAGAGGCGCGAGAACGAGCACCUAUCCAAUGGCGCUCCCAAAAACUAACUCGGGAGAAGCUGAACUAUGGCGAUAUGGAGAAAGGAGUGUAUGCCGCAUACUGGGCAAUAAAGGAGCAUAGCCAUAUCCUAAAAGGGCGCACUUUCACAAUUGAAACGUGUUAUAAACCGCUACUUGAGAUAAGGAACGGCCACAGUUUCCAAGAUCCGAGAGUGCUAAAAUGGGCGGCGGCUGUAAUGGAGUACGACUUUGAUGUUAAGUAUGUUCCAUUAAGGUACACGAUCUAUCACAAUACAUUGAGUGAGCCGUAUCGAAAGAAGCGAGAAAGGAGUAUUCCAGAAGAGGAAAUGUACGAGGAAUCCGCGUUCGAUACGAGCAUACUUUCUGAAAUGAUAAACAACGCACUCAAGCAAGACAAUGGCAACAGGUCGAUUAUUGAUAUUGUUACAGAAGCACAGAACAAGUUCAACUGUAUUACCCGCCCGACCACGCCAAUAAUACCACAAGAACCGAGCGGCCGAGGCGGCAUAAGACCUGCGGCCCGAAGUAAGAAAGGAAAGAGUUCUAACCGGUCGCGGCAACGUCCAUAA